ACCGAAUUAAAAACAACAACAAAGAAAAGUCGUUGUCUUCCUUAAAGCGUGUAAAUUACCUAUUUUCAUUCUAAAUAAAGACGUGUCACGUGAUAUCUUUCUCGAGAGGUUCGUCUGUGCGAUAAAUUAUGACCAUUUGAUUAUUUAGAAUCAUUCUGAAAUUUAUUUACUUCGUGAAUUGUCUAUUUUUAGCGCAGAAUACCUAUCUGUAAAUGAUUAAUUGGCAUUUAAUUACAAAAUUCUCACAGCGUGAGACUAGUCAACUCGCGCUGGCGUGUCACGUGAUAUAUUUCGCGCCAGGUUCGUCUGUGUGAUUUUGUACACAAAAGGGUCUGCUAGCUGUUCAAGAAAUAUUGUUUGGUUGUGGAAUUUGAUUUAAGUACAGUAAAUUACAAGUUCAGACAAUGGCAGCCAGGGAUUACAUUGCAGAAAAGGACAAAUGCAGAGGCUUCUUGACUGAUUUCUAUGUUGAUGGAGGCAGGAAAGGAAAGAAGAACUUCAAAUAUGCACAACAGUUGGUGAGCAUUGCACACAGAGAGCAGGUUGCCCUCACCAUCGACCUCGACGAUGUCUCUGAACACGAUCCAGAACUUGCUGAGGCCAUCGUUGAGAACACCCGCCGUUACAUCCAGCUCUUUGCUGAUGCGAUUCAUGAUCUACUUCCAGAUUACAGACAGAAAGAGGUGAUCCACAAAGAUGCGUUGGAUGUGUACAUCGAGCAUCGUCUUCUUAUGGAGCAGAGGGUGAGAGGUCCUAACGCUGGUGAGCAGCCUCGUGAUGCAAGGAACCAGUUCCCCGCUGAACUUAUGAGGAGAUAUGAGCUGUACUUCAAGACGUCCUCCCAGCAGAAAGCCCUCUCUGUCCGUGACAUCAAGGCUCAACGUAUCGGCAAGCUGGUCCAGGUUCGAGGUAUCGUGACCAGGUCAACAGAGGUCAAGCCCAUGAUGACCGUUGCAACAUACACAUGUGACCAGUGCGGUGCUGAGACUUAUCAACCGAUCAAUUCACCGAUGUUCAUGCCUCUCCUGACGUGCCCUAGUCAAGAGUGUACAACAAACAAAUCCGGUGGUCGUCUCUACCUCCAGACCCGAGGGUCAAAGUUCGUCAAGUUCCAGGAGGUCAAGAUCCAGGAACAGAGUGACCAGGUUCCAAUCGGUAACAUCCCGCGCAGCAUGACGGUCUACGCUCGGGGCGAGACAACGCGCCAGUGCCAGCCGGGCGAUCACGUCAGCGUUACCGGCGUGUUCCUCCCGAUGUUGAGGGCGGGCUUCAGGCAGAUGACCCAGGGUUUGCUCUCGGAGACCUUCAUGGAUGCACAUAGUAUCAUCAAGAUGAACAAAGCGGAUGAUGAAGAGAUGUCGAUGGAGGAGCUAUCUGAGGAGGAGGUUCAGCAGAUAGCAGAGGAGGACUUCUAUGAGAAGCUUGCCUGUUCCAUCGCACCCGAGAUCUACGGCAUGGAGGAUGUCAAGAAAGCUCUCCUCUUACUCCUGGUCGGUGGGGUCGAUAGGUCGCCCAAGGGCAUGAAGAUCAGAGGUAACAUUAACAUCUGUUUGAUGGGUGAUCCUGGUGUCGCCAAGUCUCAGUUGCUCGGAUACAUUGACCGUCUUGCGCCAAGGAGUCAGUACACGACAGGUCGAGGGUCAUCCGGCGUCGGUUUGACCGCUGCGGUCAUGAAGGAUCCCGUCACCGGUGAGAUGAUCUUGGAAGGGGGCGCCCUCGUGCUGGCCGAUGAGGGCGUAUGCUGCAUCGACGAGUUUGACAAGAUGAACGAGACGGACAGGACGGCUAUCCAUGAAGUGAUGGAACAGCAGACUAUCUCUAUUGCAAAGGCCGGUAUCAUGACCUCGUUGAAUGCCCGUGUCUCUAUCCUGGCUGCUGCCAACCCCGCUUAUGGUCGUUAUAACCCUAAGAAAUCCCUCGAGCACAACAUCCAGCUUCCGGCUGCACUUCUAUCUCGAUUCGAUCUUUUGUGGCUCAUCCAAGACAAGGCGGACAGGGAGAAUGAUUUGAGACUUGCCCAACAUAUCACCUAUGUUCAUCAGCAUUGCAAGCAACCUCCCACCCAGACGAACCCACUUCACAUGAACCUAAUGAGGCGUUACAUCGCCCUCUGUAAGACCAAACAGCCAGUCAUCCCUGAGGCCUUGACGGACUACAUCACAGGGGCGUAUGUAGAGAUGCGUAAAGAGGCUCGCGGGAGCAAGGAUUCAACGUUCACCUCUGCAAGAACUCUGCUCAGUAUUCUACGACUUGCGACAGCUCUGGCCCGUCUGCGAUUGAUUGAGGUAGUAGAGAAGGAGGACGUCAAUGAAGCGAUGCGCCUAAUGGAGAUGUCCAAGGAAUCUUUGAUUGGUCAAUCAGAUGCGGCUGCAAGGCCCCAGCGUGCCGAAGACGUGAUCUACCGAAUCGUGUGCGAUGCGAUCUCCGAGCUGUCCGGCCGUAGCAUCAAGUACACCGAGGCGCGGCAGGCGUGCCUCGCCAAGGGCUACACCAACGACCAGUACGAGGAAGCCAUCGAAGCGUACGAGGAGCUGAACGUUUGGCAGGUCAACACGGCGAAAACAAAGAUCACUCUAGUAUAGAACGAUGAUGACGACAAUUCAGUCUGCAAGCACAGACUCGAGUUUGAUAUUUUGAAAAUGUAUACCAUGUCUAGAAUGAAGACUAGACUCCAAGCUCUCUCUCUCUCUCUCUGUAUCAUGCAGCCAUAGCGCAUAAGUGAAUUUAGUCUCACUAUUUCAGACUCUACAUUAUUUAUGCAUGACAAGAAAUCAAAGGUCUGUGCCUGCAGACUAUCGACGAGUAUGUGCAGACAUUGCUGUUGAAUAUAUAGGAAUAUCAAGCAUUCACAUGUGCCCUGGAGUGAGAGGUUCCUGUGGGCUUUAGAUUUUAACGUUGGCAAAGCGACCCAAGAGGAAAGUGUGAACUCCUGUGGUAUUGUGGUGUAAUCAAAGAACGCAGAAGAGGAGCAGGACGAAUCGGGGAAAAUAAGUUAUGUCUGAAUCUAUGUGUAUGAGGGACCUGCUGUUAAAUUAUUUGCCUCUGCUGUCUAGUGCAUAUGAACACAUGUGUUGUUUUAUUAGGUUAAUGAAAUCAGAAAAAAAAAUAAUAUAGAUAAAUGUUAGUUGAUAGGAUGGCAAAAAUCCAUUGAUGAAUUUUAGAUCUGUAAUUUGAAGAAAAAAAAAUAUGUGAUGUCACACGCGAGCAGCUCCUCGUUUGUCAUGGAUAUUUUCCUCUUGAGUACCUGCUUUUCUUAAAACCAAGUUUUGGUGGAUUUUACCUUCAAUGGGUCGAAAUCCUGUAGUCUUUGAGUAAUAAAAAAUCAUUAUUUAGAUCAUUAAGAGACAUCUGGAUAGAAGGUAGAACUACCAAGAUGUGAUGAAAUAUUGGGCAAGAAUUCUGUGAAAACAAUUCCUCAAUUUGAAAUCGUGUAUUAUGUUAAGGAAAAGGGAAAAGAAAGAAAAUUUUGUAUCCUUGAUCAAAGAUGCAAUUCAUUUACUCCGAUCUGAAGAGAGAAAAAUACUUUCAUUUUGUGACGUCCAGGCUUUGAAGUUCAUAUCAGGAAAAAUGACUGACUCCCCUAUUAAGAACAAAGAAUACAAGAGAUAUGUUGAAAUAUAUUCAAUUUAAGACAAGGGGUUCUUUUGAAAAAAAAACGAAAAAAACAUUUGUGUGAAAGGUAUUAGGGGCUUUAAGGCCCUGUCACAUGACGACAUCGUUCCGUGCAAGGCUUAUGGGUGAGUUGCAGGUGAUUGCCCACAACUCACCCGCAAAUUUUUUUUUAGCAUGCUCAAAAAUUGUCUGCGUGCAAAUCAGACUUGCGUGCGCUUCUGCGUGUGAGAUUCGUGCAAGAUACUGUCAGUGCGGGCAACCUGCGGGUAGCAAAAAUAGUUACCCGCAAGUCACAAGCAAGGCUUGCAUGGAACGAUGCGACAGGGCCUUCAAGAAAAAGAUGAAUUUUUAUUGAAGUAUCUUAUGAAAAUUUUCUGGAAUUAGCAAUAUUCUUGUAUUUGACUGUACAAGCACUAAUUUCAUACAGAAAUUCAACUUACUUUGGAAUAACAUGUAAGCCUUCAAGGUGUAUUAUUUAAUCCUUAAAACUUUUUUUUUUUUUUUAUUGCAUGCUCGAGAUGACUACUUUAUCUUGGCAGAAUCCUGGUUCAAAACAAAUGAAACAAAAAUAUUGAUAAACAAAGGAAAUCCUACUCGUCCAUUUAAAAAGGGAGGCAAAUAGAGAGGAAACGAUAGUGAUAGCAAUGACAAUCAUUUUCCUGUUUCCUGAUUAAGUAUGACUUUUUAUAAUAAGAGUAACUUGAAAGGGAAAGUAAAUAUGGGGAGGUGAAAGUUUUUUUAAUUCUCUCUGUGAUACUUAUAAAGAAUGUCAGUGCAAAAGGUCAUUGGGGAUAACUGCUGUUCAAAUGCCCUCGUAUUCAGUUCCUCUCGAGUCUCUUGAGUCCAGAUUUAAAACAAAAACUUGGAAUUUAAUAUUUUUUCUGGGAAUGUUUCGAAGCUCACCAGCAUAAAAUUUGUUAGAUUGCAUUAUAGUUUAUAUUAGAUUCAAUGGGAUUUUCUUUGGCUCUCAUGUUUUAGUUUUCCAAGGCUCUUGGCUGAAUUUCGGAUUUGAAUUUGGCCCGAGCCCCCAUUUAACUUUGUUUCCUGCUUUUGACCCAUUGAGCCUUAUGCUUGAGAUAAGUUGGGCCGUAGUCAAUGGAAAAUGUGAAUUAUAUGGAAAUGAAAUUAAGUUGUAUUGGUUUAGAGAAUUUUGUUCCAGGUUAUUCCACUAAAGAGUUAUCGGAGCUACCUUUACUUCAGCCUUCGUUUGUCAUGUGAGGCAAGAGAAUGCUUUCCAACAACAGCAGGAAAGAGCAUUAAAGAGAAAUUCCAGUAGUUGCAGUAAACACUGAUUUCAUGAGAAAGUCUGUAAAACCAGGCUUAAUUGUCAGUAUAUCAUCGAGGAUCUAGAUCUGGUAGUUACAUAAACUGAACUUUGUGAAAUCUUGAAAUCUACGCUGAAAAAUGUUCAGACUGAACUUCCCUAACACAGAUAAGCGCACGUGGGACUGUGUAUAAUUAUUGCUUUGAGCGUCGGGCCCGACGCUCUACCCGAAUCCUGUGCUUAUUUGCUGAUUUCUCAGCAAUUACACAAUUUCUUCCAGAAUCCUUUGGCACAUGCGUUUUAUUUAUACAAACAUACACUUUGGUGGUCAUUUCAUUGGAUUCUGUACAAACUCAUUUUGAUAUCGUUACCAAAACUAGCAUUUACCUUUAAAGCAAAAAAUUGAGUGAUUUUACACUGAAUUGUAAGAACAGCACGAGAGCAAAAUGUCAAAAAUAUAUAUUUGUGUAAAAUAUACAGUGAAGUAAAGGUAUUUGUGGUAUUCCCAUUUUUAAAAAUUCUGUUUCAUUAAUUUGAGACAACAUAAUUUUAUCACAAAACACUUUCAUGUUCGAUAUUUAUAGUUAAUGCUUGACAUGCGAUUAUGAUUUGAUUGUAUUCCUCUCACGCAUGUUGGAUUAAAAUACUACCACUGAUAAAGGAUGAAUUAAUAUCUUGAUGUAAAUAGUUGUAGAAAUUACACUCACAUGUAUCUGUAAUCUAUGUAAAGAAACCAAGGAAUAUUGAUGAAUGAAAUAAUUUCUCUUCCAUUUUUUGUCUCUUGAUAUGUAAAGGGGUAUCACAUUAUUCUAUAUUUUAGCAAAGCAUCCCCGCCCAGUGAAAGAAUCUUCUUUGCCUGAAUUAGUACAUAUGAAAAAUUGCGAAUGUGUAUUUUGUAUAUUUCAAUAAAACUUUGUGUGUUGAA